CUUAUCUGAGGUGGUUUUUUUUAAGAGAAGCAUGGGCAGUUGCUAGAGGGAAAAUGGAGUCUUUAAUUCACGUCCUGGUUUUUACCUGUCUUGCCUUGAUGUUUUCAGAAGCGUUUCUGAUCAUCCACGUCCAGAAACAGCAGUGUCUUUCAGAAAGGAGAGGAGUCAUUAUGGAGAGGUGCAAUAUGAGCAGCCCCAACCAGCAGUGGCAAUGGAUGGCUGAUGACAGGCUCCUCCACGUGAAAUCUGGACAGUGCCUGAGCAUCUCCACACGCUCUGCACUGUCCUCUCGCAGCAUCAUCAUCAAUUGCUCUCAGGCAGUCAGGUGGACUUGCCACGAGGAAGAUGGGCUCCUGAAGGUAGCCAACAGCUCACUCUUUCUUACCAAGCAAGGUCAGAAGGUAAUGGCCAAGCAGAGUAAGAAAUACCUUCAUACAUGGAUGCAGCUUGAAGCCAACGAGAUGGGAAAACCUGUCUAUGUAAAUCUGUGUUCAAAGCAAGAUCUCCAAGAUGCAGACACUUUUGUAUGGAGUACUACAACUACAUCCUCCCCUUUAAACACUGCUACCUCUAGGCCUGACAAGCCGCCAGCGAGUAGCAGCACACAGAUGUCCAUCAGAAACGUGACUGAACACUUCACAAAACACUUCAUUGAAAACCUCUACUUCGACUUGAAAUCUGCAGUAACAGAGAAACCCACAGUCCCAACUACUCCACAAUACUCCAGCACUACGGAGGAGGUAAGGCAGACAAAUUAUCGAUUGAUUUUUAUUAAGCCUGCUCCACUCUGUGGAGCCUCCGGCAACGGUUCCUACGGCUGCACCGUGCAGGACUUGGAAGCCGGGACUUGGUACCACCUCCGCAUCGAGCCACUCGCCGACGGGGAGGCCGCCAACGUCACUCUGCAGACAGAUCCUUUACCACCACCUCGUUUUGAAAUUAAUAAGGAGAAAACUACGUUCACAAGUUUACAGGUUCAAUGGGAUCCUUCUCCAGGAAAGGUGGACCUAUAUAGUAUAAUAGUAUUUGAUCACAGUAAUAAGAAACUACAAGAAUCCUCCAUACCAGGAAGAUUUUCAAAAACUGAAGAAACUUUUACUGGCCUAGUCCCUGGGAAUAAAUACAAUAUUGUCCUUACUGCAGUUGCUGGAAAUAAAAGUACCCCGGAAUUGCACGUAAAUGGAUCUACUGUGCCAUCCCCUGUGAAGAACAUCAAGGUUAUUGUCAAGACAGACAGUGUCCAUGCUUCUUGGUCUCCUGGCUCUGGGCAUGUGGAUCUGUACAGGCUGGUGUUAUUUGAUAAUCAUGGCACUGUUCAUGAGAGUCAUCAAGAAAAUUCUCUGACUUCUUACACUUUUUCUGGGCUUACGGCAGGACAUCUGUAUAACCUUACUGUGAUAACCCAAGCUGCAGAAUUGGAGAGCACUGCUUUUCAAAUAGUUAGGACAGCCCCAGCUGAAGUCUUAGAUUUGACAGUGACUAAUGAUGACAGCUUCGAUACUUUAAAAGUUAAGUGGAGAAGACCUUCAGGAAGUGUCGAUUUCUAUAACAUCACUCUGUCUCAUCUUAGAUCAGUUAAAGAAGUCAAAACUUUACAGCCAGCGGUCACAGAGACUCACUUUGACAACCUAACUCCAGGACGUCUUUAUCAGAUUACUGCCCGCACAAUCAGUGGUGAACUGUUUACUGAUAGGAUGGCAACUGGCAGGACAUUUCCCCAGAAGGUUUCUGACCUGAAAGCCGGUGGAGGUGGCUGGCUGAGGACUCUGCGAGUGAAUUGGCUGCCCCCUGCGGGAGACUUGGAGCGGUACCAUCUGCUCCUCUGGAACCGCUCUGCCCUGGUGCUCAACACCACCCUGGGAAAGAACGUGACCGAGCACCUCAUCCAUGAUGUGGGCCUCAUCCCAGGCAGGCAGUACGAAGUUGAGGUCAUUGUGGAGAGUGGUGAUUUGCAGAGCAAGGCUAGCUGCACAGGGAGAACAGCUCCAGAGCCUGUUCUCCAGCUGCGUGUAAAGCAUGCUAAUGAAUCUUCGCUUAGUGUCAUGUGGGUGACCCCUGUUGCAGAAUGGGACAGCUAUGUGGUUUCACUGGGAGACAGAGAUCUUACUGUCAUAAAAAAAGGGCUUGGAAAAGAAGCUAAAGAAUUUACUUUCAACGAGUUGGUACCUGGAAGAAAAUACACAGCAACAAUCACUACCAUCAGUGGGAUUUUAAGUAAUUGGACUUCAGUGGAAGGAAGAACAGUGCCAGCCCAAGUGACCGGUCUGACUGUGUCAAGUCAGGGAUCAACCAACAGCUUGUUCACCAACUGGACAAAAGCACUGGGAGAUGUAGACUCAUAUCAAGUACUACUGAUUCAUGAGAAUGUUGUCAUUAAGAAUGAAACUGUUCCCAGUGAAACCAAUGAAUACCACUUCUAUCUCCUGAAACCUGGAGGACUCUACUCAGUUGUUGUCACCACUGUCAGUGGGGGGAUAUCUUCAAGACAAACAAUUGCAGAGGGGAGAACAGUUCCUUCCAGUGUGACUGGAGUAACAGUAAAUAACUCAGGUCGCAGUGACUACCUCAGUGUUUCUUGGCUGCCAGCUUCUGGAGAUGUAGACAGUUACUUGGUAACACUAUCUCAUGAUGACCAUAUUAUUCAGACUCUCACCAUUUCCAAGUCUCUCAGUGAGUGCUCUUUCAGCAGCCUUACUCCUGGGACACUUUAUAACGUGAUGAUAACCACAAAGAGUGGGAAGUAUGAAAAUUAUUCCUUUGGCCAGGAACGAACAGUUCCUUCAGGUGUUCAAGGACUUACUGUCAGCAAUUCAGCCAGAAGUGACUAUUUGAAGGUGUCUUGGCUACAUGCCUCUGGAUCUUUUGAUAGUUAUGAAGUGGUCAUCAAGAACAACAAUGAUUUCAUCCAAACAAAAAGUGUCCCAAAGAAUGAAAAUGAGUGUGUAUUCACUAAUCUGGUCCCAGGGAGGCAGUACAGUGUCACAGUUAGCACAAGGAGUGGAAAAUAUGAAACCAGUGAGAGGGUCUUUGGCAGAACAAUGCCAGAGUCAGUGAAGGAACUGACUCUUAGUAACAGAAGCACAGAAGAUCUGCAGGUAACCUGGUCAAAGGCUGAGGGUGAUGUUGAUAAAUAUGAGAUUCAGCUCCUCUACAAUGAUAUGAAGAUCUUCCCACCCAUUUUCCUUGGGAACAACAUCGAGGAGUGUUGGUUCACAGCUCUGACCCCAGGACGUCUAUACAAAAUUCUUGUCUUGACAAUCAGUGGAGAUGCACAACGUGCUACUUUCAUAGAAGGCCUGACAAUUCCAAGUGCAGUGAGAAACAUACACGUUUCACCUAAUGGUAUGACAGACAGCCUGAAAGUGAACUGGACACCUGGAAGUGGAGAUGUUGAUUCCUACACAGUGACUAUAUUUCAGCAAAACCAUCAGCUUGAUUCCAGGAGUGUCUCCAAAGAUGUCUCUGAGCACACAUUUCAUGAUUUGGAAGCUGGGGAGCAGUACCGGGUGGUGGUGCAAUCGAACAGUGGUGCCUUACACAACAGCUUAGCAGCUUUUGGGAGAACGAUUCCCGCCUCUGUCCAGGAAUUAUUAGCUGAUCAUGCUUACAGCAGUCAUUCCUUGUUACUAACCUGGCAGAAAGCUCCUGGUGUAGCUGAAAGAUACGACAUUCUGCUCUUGAAUGAGCAAGGAGUCCUCCUGAGCAACAAAUCAGAGCCAGCUACUGCCAAACAGCACAAAUUUGAAGAUUUGUUACCUGGCAAGAAGUACAAAAUACAUGUUUUGACAGUCAGUGGCGGACUCUUCAGUAAACGAGCAGAAACUGUUGGGCGAACAGUUCCAGCAGCUGUCACAAAUCUGAAGGUCACAGAGAAUACCACUGACCAAUUGUCCUUCAGCUGGACCACCUCACAAGGGGAGCUUGAUUCGUAUGACAUCUUCCUGUACAACCCAGACAAGUCCCUUCACGACAGGAUUUCAGGAGAGCAGCACCUUCAGCAGUGUUCAUUCCAGAACUUGCGGCAAGGCAGGAUGUAUCGAAUGGUGAUUGUUACCCACAGUGGAGACCUCUCUAAUGAAUCAUCUGUCUUUGGGAGAACAGCACCGGCUCCAGUUGUUGGUCUCAAGGCAUCCAACAGAAACAUGACAGACAGUCUGUGGUUCACCUGGAGUCCAGCAGCAGGAGAUGUUGACUUUUAUGAGUUCAAUCUUUACAACCCAAAUGGGACGCAGAAAGAGUCAUUGCAGGGGAAAGACCUGAAAGAGUGGUAUUUCCAGGGGCUUGUUCCUGGCAGAAAGUACACUCUGGUUGUAGUGACUCACAGUGGUGACCUGAUCAAUACAGCAAAUGCUGAAGGAAGAACAGCACCCAGCCCUCCUAACGCUGUGUCGUUCACUGAUGUUGCAAACACUUCUCUAUCAGUCACAUGGCUGGGUCCUCCAGACUGGACAGACUAUGAUGAUUUUGAGUUGCAGUGGCUCCCGAAGGAUCCCCUCACAGUAUUCAAUCCCUACAGCAGCAGCAAAUCAAAAGUACGCAUCAUCUACGGCCUGCGACCUGGAAGGCUCUAUAAGUUCAGUGUCAGAACGGUCAGUGGUGACAGCUGGAAGACAUACAGUCAGUCACAGUCUGAAAGUGUGAGAACCAAACCAGACAAGAUUCAAAGUCUUCAUUGUCGGCCCCAGACUUCUACUGCCAUUGCAUGUUCCUGGACUCCUCCUGAUUCUGACUUUGAUGGAUAUAGUGUUGAGUGCAAAAAACUGGACACUCGGGAAGUGGAAUUUUCUAAAAGGAUAGAAAAAGACAAAACUCUGCUCAAUAUAAUGACCCUUGUUCCCCACAAACGCUACCUAGUGUCCAUCAAGGUGCAUUCUGCAGACAUGACAAGUGAAGUAGUUGAAGACAGCACCAUCACAAUGAUUGACCGUCCCCCUCAGCCACCUCCAGACAUUCGAGUAAACAAAAAAGAGGUGCUGAUUACCAAAUCCUCCAUUAACUUUACUUUUAACUGCAGCUGGUUUAGUGAUACUAAUGGAGCUGUGAAGUACUUUACUGUGGUUGUCAGAGAGGCUGAUGGUAGUGAAGGACCAAAGCCUGAUGAGCAGCACCCAUUACCUUCCUAUCUGGAGUACAAGCACAAUGACUCCAUACGCAUCUAUCAGACAAAUUAUUUUGCCAGUAGAUGUGCUGAAAACCCUGACAGUGAUUAUAAAAGCUUUGACAUUAAGCUCGGAGGAGAAAUGGAAAAUCUGGGAGGAAAGUGUGAUCCGGAUCAGCAAAAAUUCUGCGAUGGACCCCUGAAGCCUCGGACUGCUUAUAGGAUCAGCAUACGGGCUUUUACCCAGCUCUUCAGUGAAGACCCAAAGGAACUUCCUCAACCACUCUUUGCAGACACCUUCUUCUCUUUACCAAUCACUACAGAGGCAGAGCCUCUCUUUGGAGUUAUUGAAGGUGUGAGCGCUGGUUUGUUUCUAAUUGUGAUGUUAGUGGCUGUUACUGCUUUAUUUGUCUGCAGACAGAAAGUUAGCAAUGGCCAUGAGAGACCUACAGCAAGGCUGAGCAUUCGCAGGGACAAACCACUGGCAGUCCAUCUGAACUUGGGGCAAAAAGGGAACCGGAAAACUUCCAGUCCCAUUGUGUUAUCACAUCCUUUAAUUAUUUUCAACUGACAUUUUAUUUCUAAUUUUUUGCAGGACUUAAAAGAUGUGGGUCGAAACCAGACGUGUGACAUAGCACUUCUGCCAGAGAACAGAGGAAAAAAUCGAUACAAUAAUAUAUUGCCUUAUGAUACAUCAAGAGUGAAGCUUUCCAAUGUGGAUGAUGACCCUUGCUCAGACUACAUUAAUGCAAGCUAUAUACCAGGCAAUAAUUUCCGCAGGGAAUACAUAGCAACUCAGGGCCCUUUGCCUGGCACUAAAGAUGAGUUCUGGAAGAUGGCAUGGGAACAAAAUGUGCACAAUAUCGUCAUGGUAACCCAGUGUGUUGAGAAGGGCCGGGUAAAGUGUGAUCACUACUGGCCCCUUGACCAAGAUUCCUUGUACUAUGGAGACCUGAUAGUUGAGAUGCUGUCUGAAUCGGUGCUCCCAGAAUGGACAAUACGAGAGUUUAAAAUCUGCAGUGAGGAGCAGCUUGACUCAACAAAGCUCAUUCGUCACUUCCAUUACACUGUGUGGCCAGAUCACGGAGUGCCAGAGACCACCCAGUCUCUGAUCCAGUUUGUCAGAACUGUAAGGGAUUAUAUCAACAGGACCCCAGACACGGGACCAACUGUUGUGCACUGCAGUGCUGGUGUUGGCAGGACCGGCACGUUCAUUGCACUGGACCGAAUUCUGCAGCAACUGGAUUCAAAGGACACUGUUGACAUUUAUGCAGCAGUGCACGAUCUAAGACUUCACCGGGUUCACAUGGUUCAAACAGAAUGUCAAUAUGUGUAUCUACAUCAAUGUGUGAGAGAUGUGUUAAGAGCCAGAAAACUUCGCAGUGAACAAGAAAAUCCUUUGUUUCCAAUAUAUGAAAAUGUGAAUCCUGAGUAUCACAGAGAUGCUGUUUAUUCAAGGCACUAAGAAUGUUACAGACACCUGCUUUUUUGACUACAUGUGUUAAGUAGGGGUUUAUUUGUUUGUUUUUAUAUUUGUAUUUUGUGCACUAGAAAGGUACCAGACCUUUCUAUUGAGACUGUGUAUUAUUUAUUGGUCUGGUGUUUUUUUUUUAAAGAUAUUAAAUAAUUUAAGUGUAAUAGAUAUUAAUGUAUAUAAUUGUAUUUUGGCAUUAUGUAAAUAUGUAUUUUUUCUAUAAUGUUUAUAUUAAUAUUAAGCUUCAGAUAAUACUAUUUUUUCUUAUCACAGUUUUUGUAAACUGUUCUACAUAAACUAUUUUAAAUUGCAUUUGUUAACAGGGCUGCUGCAUUUGGGGCAGGUUAUGUAUUGACAUUUAAAACACAGAAAAAUCCUACAAGAAGAGCCUCAUUAAUUUCUUUUAAUUAGUUCAGUAUUUGUAAGGUGAAAUAAGCUACUAUUAAGAAAGAGACAGUAGUCCUGUAUAAGAAUUACAAUGCUACUCUACACUUCAAUCUCACUGCUUGUGAAGUGGAUGAAAUCCAUACUGCUCAUACCACUAUGACAUAUCUUUUACAGAACUUGAUAACAGCCACGUAUCAUAGGGUCCACCUCACUAGAAGCAACUGUUUCAGUCUAAUGUGACAUAGUAAAAAAAUAUCAAACAACACAUGCUGCCAUGAAGUUUCACUGACUUGCCCCACACACAUACUUUAUGGGGAACAGGUCACUUUCUGGUUUCUUCACCCUGGUUUGAGAGAGCAGAAUCAGAGCACAGCACGUGUCUGUGCGUUUUUACUUGUGUACAGUAAGAAAGCUGUUCAAGAAAAUUCUUUAUACGCUUAUCUUAAGAGAUAUGUAAGGAUGUGAAGGCUCUCAAAUUCAUUAAAACAGUGUGACUGCUUAAAAAUGAGAGAGAUUGCAAACUUACUGAGAUAAAGACCUACAAAGAUAUAUAUACCACAGUUUACACAAUUGGCUUCAGCCUAAAGCUGCUUGCAGCAUAGCUGCCUGAGGCUGAGUGCAGGUCUCCUUCAAGGGCUGUUUGCUUUCACAGAGGGAAAGCAUGUCCACACAGGACUCCUCUGCUUUGAUGUUACCUGAUAUCACUACUACAAGGGCAGAUGGAAUAGAAAAAGGCUCAUUUGUAACCCAGGGAAUGCAGUCUCACAGGAUAAUUAACUCGCUGUGCUAAUCAUCAGAUGCACUCAGAGCAUCCUGUGAUUAGCUAGGAGUGUAAUCCAGGAGCACCCACCAGGUGUCCUGCCCAGCCAGGCAGUUUAGGAACAUCCUCUUUCCUCUGCAAAAGAGGCUUCUUCUUCAAGGAACUGAUCUGAACACUGCUCAGCUGUUCUUGGUCUUUAUAAAACGCUCUUCAGAUAAAUAGAGAAGAGGCAACACACGGUGUUUCUUCACAAGAAGGAAGUGCUUGUUAGUUCUCCUUUCAUCUAUCUACCCAUUCAUUACCUAGAAAAAAAACAUAGCCUGCUGCUGGAGACAAGUGCCUAGAUUCCACUUCUACUUUGGAGAGAAAUCAGUAUUUCUGAGGGCCUCUAGAGAGCCACCAAUACAUUUAAGUGCCUCAGUUAGAAACUGCAGUGGCUCUUUGACAAGACUGCUGUGACUUUGCCAUGACUUAUUGGAGCCACGCUCUCCCUGCAGUAGGAACACCUGUGUGACAGUGGGUGAAGGAAUCUGCAAGGUUUCUCUGACAGAGAUUUCUUAAAUCAUUCCAAAACAGAACCAGCAAGGUUGUGCGCUUCCGUGUCACUCAGGUUUUCCUGCAGAGAAGGACCCACCCUGAUAGUGCCUCUUCCUUCUUACUGCAGCUGGAGUCUCAUCCUUUCUUGACCAAAUACCCUCCGGUGCUGCAGAAGCUCAGAACGUGUAGGCUCAUUCAACCUCUUAGGUAGUUCUGUCUGAAAACAUUGCUCAUUCCUCUUGUGCAUCCCUCUUGGCUCUCACACAAACCUCAGGGUUCAUCACCCACAGUGGGAUCUGAAGAAGGAAACAUCACAGUGGAAGCCCCCUUCACAGAGAGAAUGUAGGCAAAAGCACAAAGAAUAGGGCAGAUUUACUGCAGGCCUACUUCUUCUCUGUUUCUUUUGCUGUGUAGACUUUAUGUUAGCAAGCAAGGUCAAAAACAUGGCAGCUUUAGACUGAUUGUUGGCUCUACUAAUAACAGCUGAACUUAGGGCAUCAUGAAAAUUGCUUUUCUGUGACGUGCACUGCAUUAGUACUCUCUUUUUGCAGCAGUAGCUGAGGAAAGGCAAUCGUGUUACUCACCAGCAGUGCAAUUACACUGGGAGGACAUACCAAAUACACUCUAUAAAUUACCUCACACUGUAUAUUACUGUGUCAUUUUUUUAUGCUGAGGGAAAUGGAACUGGCUCAAUAAUACAUGAUUGGAUGGCAGAAGUCUGAUUGCAUACUACUGCCUUUGUAUAUUGUUAAUUGUUUUCAGAAGGGCAUGCAUUGUUCUGUUCUUUAUUUCAAUGUUUCUCUGCUCAGUUAGCAGCACCUACAGUUUGCAAUUCUGCACCCAAAAUGGUGAUGUCACAGCAAACUGUUCUUUUUGUCUUUUCUCUCAGCAAAUAAUUGACACGGUCCACAAACCUCUUCCUCCUUAUCACUUAGUAAGAGGGCAGAUGACCUUACAUACUCUGGCACAAUGCUCUUGAGCAGCUUUACAUCUCAUGCAAGAGAUGUACAUACACCUUACGGCUCUGGUUCUGCUUUCUGGCCAAUUCUGGUCAUAUGAAACCAGUGUUAAACAACUGAGAAUAAGUUAAAAGUAUAUAUGUAGCAUUUUUGAAUAUGAGACACCUACUUACCCGUGUAAUUAAUGAUAUUUACUGUGCCUGUAAGCUAAAUAGCAGAACCAAAGGGAAAUUGUUAAUGUAACAAGAGCGGACUUGAAGGAGCCUUUGUACUGCACAAAGACAGCUCUUAAGGAAAAAGACAUCCUCUGGUGUCUUUUUUGAACAUCUGAAUGAUGUUCAAAACUCCUUUAUUGAUGUUUCCCGAUAAUAAUGUUAUAAAGCAAGGCUAGUGUUAUUGCUGAUCCAUAAGCUAAGAUUUGCACACUCGGAGCCCAGCCCUGUGAAUCUCCUCAUUGUCCACAAAACUACCUGAGUACUUCUUUGAGGAAAGUCAACUGGAAUGUUAGUCUGAAAAAUAACAUGCAACUUCUGAAGCACUUGUAGGGUUGGGCUUUCAGUUUGAUUCAAAUUUUUUGUAUUGAAAGUUAUUUAAUAAUGAAAAAAAAUAUAAUAAGUGUUUUUAAUCUGUGCAAUAAAAUUACAAGAUCCACUACCGAUUAUAGAAAAGUAGAUUUUGCAUAGCUGGAGUUGAUAAAUGAUAUUUUUUGUUACUAAUGGAACACAAAAGUGAGUGAGAGAAAGGCAUACUGUGAAGAUGUCAUAAAAGUGCAACUUUAUACGUUUUCCUCUGCUGCUAUAGUUAUUUAUACAGCUUAUAUACGUGCCUGAAAUUGCCAGAAAUAUUAUUUUAUGCCGUGAUAUGCUAUGAAUUUCAUUUCAGUUGUAGAACGGAAAAAAGAAUGUGUGAGCUUUACAUUUAUAUUGUGUAUUGUAUAUGGCUAUCCGUGCUUUGACUUAGAAAGCAGAAAGUUAAAUACUGAACAGAUAGGAGCACAUCAACACACAGCCGUGCUCCUCAGCCUGGGAGUUAAUAUGUGGACUAAAGGAAUGAGAACAGCAACCAUCUAAUCACUGCAUCAGCAUCUCUUCCCAGGGCACAGAGCGGAGAAAUGCAUCUGACAUUCAGAGAUACAGCCUAAAACAGCAAUCACUCCCCUCGUGGCCCUGUUACAGGUGUUUGGGCUCUGUGAGCUCUGGGACCCAUAGCCCCAAGAGGUUGAGCCUUUGAAUGAAAGGUGAGUGUGCACUGCAGCACAUGGGCAGCUCCUGUUACACCCUGUGCCCUUGACUAACUCUCCCAAGCUGGCAAACUUUCCACCUGUUGGGAUGGCCAAUGCUAAGGGGUCCAUUAGCAGUGACCUCACAGAUCAACAGCUGGUUCAGAAUGAGGUGUUUUUUAAGACUGGUAGGAAAUACUGGGGACUAGGAGCUGCCUACAUUUAGCAAAUGCUGUGGAAUUCGGGCACAUGAUGCUGGUAGAUUGAAAUGCAUGACUUUGUUGGGUUUUGUUUUAUUUGAAAGCUAAAGAAAUACUGUGAGUAACAUCAAGUAGCUAAAUAUAUAUUGCCCUCUAGCAGGGCUCGUAGAGAAAAAAGAACAUGGUUUUGAAAUAUGGUUAGCCAUAAAUUGUUUGCCAGUGCCUGGAGUAAAGUGACUGAAAAAUAUCUUCAGCACAUAUUCCAUUCUCAUAUGCUAUAUAAUUACUUCUGUUUGUGUUCCUAACAAACACUGGGUGAACACAGAAUUGUGCUACUCUUGUCAAUUUAAUUUAUGCAUUUGUUAAGUAUAUUUUUAUAUUUUUAGCUACAGUCAACAAAUCAAAUAUAUUUGAGUGUAUUUUACACAUUUUUAUAAGUAGUUCAUGAAUAAAACAGUCAUUUAAAAAAUCA